UGGAGUUGCUUAUGGUGUUGGUUGUACGAGGCGGCGUUUGAUUCGUUGGCAAGGCUGACCUAAAGAAAACAAAAGAGGCUGGCAGUAAGCCUUACGACUACAUCUUGGCUGUAGAACGGAAUAUUCAGAUAUCUCGAAGCCUGGAUUAGGCAGUAUUUCUUGUCGCGCUCAAAGUAGAAAAUGCGGUCUUGGCGAGGCUCCGUGAUCCUGUGGUGCCGCGCGGCCGGUGUCAGCAUGUACUGUACUAUGGGGAAUCUGAUAAAUGACUGCCACCAUUUAUUUGGUGGGUACACCAGGCCGCAGGCAACAAGAUUCGGGAAUAGAUUGAUGGGUCCCGUGGAAUGUCUGCUUCACACCAAAGUUCUGCCUGGAUUCUUUCCUUUUUUUGAUUAAUUCAGGUAUGUAUGCCUCAUCUAUUUAUUUCAUAUCCUUUGGCGAGUUGCGUGUUGGAUUCAGCUUUCAGAAACCACAUGCACUGUUAAUUUCCCUGCUCAACACUGGAUGCAAAAUUUGAGGAUUAUUCUGCCUUCAAAUCACGAGCGCGAGGAAUUCACAAUGGAAGACGAAGUAGCUGCGGUCGUCAUUGACAAUGGCUCCGGAAUGUGCAAGGCCGGCUUUGCUGGUGAUGACGCUCCACGGGCCGUGUUCCCCUCCAUCGUCGGACGACCUCGCCAUCAAGGGAUCAUGAUCGGUAUGGGGACAAAAGACUCGUACAUUGGGGACGAAGCCCAGUCUAAACGAGGCAUUCUCCAGCUACAAUACCCUAUAGAGCACGGCAUCGUCACCAACUGGGAUGAAAUGGAGAAGAUCUGGCAUCACACAUUCUUCAAUGAACUCAGAGUCGCCCCAGAAGAGCACCCGGUUCUCCUGACGGAAGCCCCAGUGAAUCCAAAGGGGAACAGGGAGAAGAUGACACAGAUCAUGUUCGAGACAUUCAAUGCGCCAGCUUUCUACGUCUCUAUUCAGGCUGUUCUCUCUCUCUACAGCUCUGGAAGGACGACAGGCGUCGUCCUCGACUCGGGCGACGGCGUCACACACGUCGUGCCAAUCUACGAAGGCUUCUCCAUGCCACAUGCAAUCUCCCGUAUCGAUAUGGCGGGGCAGGACCUGACGGACUACAUAAUGAAGCUCCUAUCGGAGCGUGGGUACCCCUUCUCAACCUCGGCCGAGCGUGAGAUCGUGCGGGACAUCAAAGAGAAACUGUGCUAUGUUGCCCUCGACUAUGACAAGGAGCUGCAGACUGCCUCGCAGAGCUCCAGUGUCGAAAAGUCGUAUGAGCUUCCCGACAGCCAGGUUCUCACAAUUGGAAACGAGCGCUUCCGUGCGCCAGAGGCCUUGUUUAACCCAAGUGUCCUCGGCCUUGAGAGCGGCGGGAUUCAUCAGACGUUGUACAACUCUAUCGCCAAGUGCGACAUUGACGUUCGAAAAGAUCUGUAUGGAAACGUGGUCAUUUCUGGUGGUACGACAAUGUUCCCCGGCAUAACCGAUCGCUUGCAACAGGAGAUUACAAAUAUGGCCCCCUCUUCUAUGCGGGUAAAGGUGGUUGCGCCUCCUGAGCGCAAGUACUCGGUGUGGAUCGGCGGCUCGAUCCUGGCAUCCCUAUCCACGUUCCAACAGAUGUGGAUUUCAAAGCAAGAGUAUGAUGAAAGUGGACCAUCUAUUGUGCAUCGCAAGUGUUUCUAGACAUUGGUUACUGGGGCAGUGGCGGAGCAUUUGGAGUCUGCAGGAAGACUUUUGGGUCUAGAUUCAAAUGCGCUGUGGGCGGACGGGCACGAUAUACUUGUACGUUCGUUAUGAAUGCUGUUUUCUGUCUGGAAUUUUUUGCACUUGCUUUUCAUACUUCCAUUUUCGUAUCGUCAUGUGACUGGCUCAAUGAUAGAGUACAUAUGUACAAAAAAAGUGUCUUUUCUUCAUAUCGCAUAAAGCAUGACACCCAAUAAGCA